UGUAUUAAUUUAUUAUUGAGUGUGAACUGCAAAGUAUCUAUACUUAAUAUUAGUAUAUUAGUAUAUUACUUAUUGCUUUAGUGCCAUAGACUAAAUAGUUAGUGUCGUGUGACUGGUCAAAGUAAUAAAUUAAUACAGAAUUAAAUCAUGUCAUCCCAAGUGGAAAAAACAAAAAAACCAUUCGAUAAAAAAAAAUGGAGAACAAAAAAAUACAGCAAUAAACAAAAAUUUCAAGAUUGGGAUGAGCGUCGCAAAAAAGCAGUAAUUCGUGAUUACUACAAAGAGYUAAACAAAUCUGGUAAUGAGCGGCCUUUGGAUACAUUAAAUUAUGAAGCUAACAAUCUAACUAAACAACAAAAAAGGCAAAAUCCUCAUAAAGAAGCACAAGAACGUUACAAUCAAAUUCAAGAGGAAAAGAAAGCUAGGCGCUUAGAAGCAUCUAAAAAAAAAGAAGAAAUUCAAAAAGCUUUAGAAGAAUAUAAACAAAAGAAAAGGCUUAAAAAUAAAAAACUUGGGAAAAAAACAAAAAAAGGUCAACCAGUUAUGAAAGAAAGAUUGGAACUUUUAUUAGAAAAAAUACAAGCUAGCGUUAAUUCAUAAUUUUCUACUUUUAUUUAUAAUUUUAAAUAAAAAUACUUUGAUAACAUAUUUUAUGAAAUGCUGUAUUUUGUCAACUUUGAUAUUGUUCAAGACUAAUAAACUUUAUAUUUAUGA